UGGCGGCAGUACAACAAGAAUCACACUGCCGUCGAACAUAACACGCGAAGAAGACAAAUACAGAAGAGGAGGAGGUGAAGAAGAAGAGGAAGAAGAAGAAGAGCUGCAAGUGAUAAAAUAACUGCGAUUACACAAACAUGUCCAUUGUUUUUGUGCCGAAGAAACUACGAGGGAAGGCUAAAGUAAACCAAGAAACCAUACAAAGGUUGCUGGAUGAAAACGACCAGUUAAUCAGAUGCAUCACUGAAUACAUGCAGAAAGGACGAGCAGUGGAGUGUGUUCAAUAUCAACAGAUCCUGCACCGGAACAUCGUCUAUUUGGGCACCAUCGCUGAUGCCAGCCCAGACACCAUGCCUCCACCCGCAAAUUCCUCGUCUAAUGAAACCUCGACGCCAACUGUGAACGGACAUGGAGAGUCGUGAUGAAGGCCGUGCUGUAGGAAACUUGGGAAUCAUUCUACAACACAACAAAUAUAGUUUCCUGUAAUGUCACCAGAUGACUGCUGCUUCCCCUAAGACAUGCUAUAUUUAAUUUCAUUAAAUGGAAAAGUCUGAAUUGAAAACAUAAUUCUUUGGUGCGAGUUGAACAUUAAAAGAUAUUUUUUAUUCA